CUUUUAGUUUUCCAAUAAAAAGCAAUAGAAGUCAAGUGCAACAGCAACCAAAAAAAGUAACAAGAAAGGAAACUAGCAAAGAGUGCUGAAACAAAUACAACAUGGGAAAAAAGAGCUCCAAGUUGAAACAGGAUACCAUCGAUCGCUUAACAACGGAUACAUAUUUCACAGAGAAAGAAAUACGGCAAUGGCAUAAAGGAUUCCUCAAAGACUGUCCCAAUGGCCUUCUAACAGAACAGGGCUUCAUAAAAAUUUACAAACAGUUUUUUCCACAAGGCGAUCCGAGUAAAUUUGCUUCGCUCGUCUUUCGGGUCUUCGACGAAAACAAUGAUGGCUCCAUUGAGUUUGAGGAGUUCAUACGCGCCCUUUCCGUGACAUCAAAGGGGAAUCUGGACGAGAAGCUGCAAUGGGCAUUCCGUCUGUAUGACGUGGACAACGAUGGGUAUAUAACGCGCGAGGAGAUGUACAACAUUGUGGAUGCAAUCUACCAGAUGGUGGGCCAGCAGCCGCAAUCGGAGGACGAGAACACGCCGCAGAAGCGUGUGGACAAGAUCUUCGAUCAGAUGGAUAAGAAUCAUGAUGGAAAAUUAACAUUAGAAGAAUUUCGUGAGGGUAGUAAAGCUGAUCCACGUAUAGUUCAGGCGUUAAGUUUAGGUGGUGGUUAAACCGCUAAGCGUGACCCACAAAAACAGAUCCGAUUUCAACCCAAAAAAAAAAAAAAAGCGCAUAUUAAAUCAACAUUAAGACCGAAACCAGAAAGCUAAAGCCGGCGGAGACUUGACUCCCCCUAACUUAAAUUUUUCCCUACGCUUUUCUCGAUUGCCGAUUCACGAUUCACGAUAUCCGACUACCGAUUCCUGUUUUCCGAUUAAGCGCGUCAGUUGAGGCAUUGAAGAUGAUAAUAAUUUUUUUACAUGCAUAUGCAUAACGAAAAUGGAUAACUGAAUGACAUACAAA